GCGGCCGCGGACCGGGGACAGACGGACGGACGGACAGACCGCACCAUGCGGCCGCUGCUCUGCGCCCUGGCCGGGCUCGCCCUGCUCCGCGCCGGCGAGGUCGUGGCCGCUCCUGAACCCCUCAGCCCCUCCCCAGGAGACCCAGCUUGGAACUCUGGCUGUGACAAGCACAUGGCUGUCCAAGGCCGUUUAGACGUCAUGGAAGAGACCAUACAGAAGACAGUGGAGCACUUGGAGGCGGAAGUCCACAGCCUGCUGGGUCUGCUGAAGGAACUGGCCUGGAACCUGCCCCCGGGGCCCUUCAGCCCAGCCCCUGAUCUCCUGGGAGAUGUGGGGGCAUCCCUUUUUUCAGAUCAUUUCUGAGCACCAGAGGAAGAGUCCAGCAGCUGGAGGAAAUGCACCUGCAGACCACACCCAGAAUCUGGGAGCCAGGCCACCUCUUCUCACCUUCCUUCUGGCUUCUUUUGAGAAAUAAAAGCUACUACUUUGGCUGGGCACUGGUGGCUCACUCCUAUAAUCCUAG